GGCAAAGUGGAGUAGACACAUCGAGGCUGGAAACUGAACUGACACUUUGAGAAAGAGACAAGAUUUGCAGGAAGUUGAGAAUGGGGAGUUCAGGUUAUGAUCACAUGGGCUCCACAGUACGUCCAUCUCUCUGCAUUAAUUCCCCAUCUGACACUGGGAUGGCCUGGUUGGAGGAGACAGAGGACAACAAACCUAUCCGCAGCAUGUUGGGACUCCCGGAAGUCAGCUGGCCAGGAGUCUACCCUCCCUGCUACAACAGAUUAUCUAAUGAAGCACCAAGGAUGACAGAGGCCACCGCCCCCCCGGAACCUACACUGGGGACUCCAGGGGCAAGCCCACCCAUGCUCAUUCCAGCUCAGAACACUCCCCCUGUCAUUCAGGUUGAAGCGGAGGAACACUGUCUGGAGCAGGUCCAGUCUAUGGUGGUGGGCGAGGUGCUGAGUGAUGUCAACAAAGCUUGCAAGCUGCUCAACAUUGCACCAGACCCUUUAGAUUGGAGCUGCAUACACGUUUACAAGUGGCUGCUGUGGACCGAGCACCUGUACAAACUGCCACAGAUCAGCCUGCUCUUCAAAGAGCUCAAUGGGAGGGAGUUGUGCUCUUUGACAGAGGCCGACUUCAGACAACGUUCCUCGCAGUAUGGAGACAUGCUGUAUGCUCAUCUUGACAUCUGGAGAUCAGCUGCAGCAAUGAAGGAGCAGGGCCCAUCAGAAGCAGAGUCUAGUAAAUCAAGUGACAAUUCCUGGUGCAACUACCCUAGUCAGCCCAUCCACUUGUGGCAGUUUCUUCGAGACCUGCUCCUCAAGCCACAUAACUACAGCCACUCUAUCCGCUGGCUCAACAAAGAAAAAGGAAUUUUCAAAAUUGAAGACUCGGCCCAUGUGGCCAGGCUAUGGGGCAUCAGGAAGAACCGUCCAGCAAUGAACUAUGAUAAACUGAGUCGCUCUAUUCGUCAGUACUACAAGAAGGGCAUCAUUCGAAAGCCUGACGUGUCCCGCAGACUGGUCUACCAGUUUGUUAACCCAAUAUGAGCAAGUUGAUGUGGCCUGGCAGACGGCAACAAGCUGAAGGAUAAAAAUGAAUAUAUGCUGGACAUACACAGAGUAAACAGAAGAACCUGGAAGCUCCUCAUGUAUUUGAUCUUUAUUUCAAUUGUAAAGACUGCCUACCAAAAUGUGCACUUCUGCCUAUUAGAAUCUCAGAUAAAAGAUUAUUUCAUUUUAUAAUCGUGUCUUCAUACAUGUAAAUUGUGCCUUCAUCUUUUAAAAAUUAUUUUGUUGAGGGAAGGGAAAUAUUAUAUGUAUUAACAAUCAAGUUACCUUUGGUCCAAUGAAAGGUACUAGCGGUUGUUUGCUUUGUUCUUGGUUCCCUGCUACAUUGUGCUGCACUGAAUCGUCAUGCAGAACUGAUUUUGACUUUUCCAAGUAUAAGUUACAUCGCCACUGGUUGUCUGGCAACAAUGUCACUUCAUAUUAGGGAUGUCCCGAUCCACAUUUUUUGGCUUCUGAUCCGAUCCGAUUUUUU